AUGUUUCCACAAUCAGGGAAAUCGAUUAUCUUCGACACAUUUCCUGAUCCGACAGAUACCUGGGAGAUCAUCGAGACCAUCGGGAAAGGGACUUAUGGCAAAGUCUAUAAAGUACUCAACAAGAUUGAUGGCAGCAAAGCGGCUGUCAAGAUACUGGACCCCAUCCAUGAUAUCGAUGAGGAGAUUGAAGCAGAAUACAAUAUCCUCAAGGCUCUCUCUGACCACUCCAAUGUGGUUAAAUUCUUUGGGAUGUACUACCAGAAGGAUGUCAAAAACGGGGACCAGUUGUGGCUAGUUCUUGAGCUCUGCAAUGGAGGUUCGGUGACAGACCUGGCCAAAGGCAUGCUGAAGAGAGGGGACAGAAUGGAUGAGGCGAUCAUUGCCUAUAUCAUACAUGAGGCCCUCACGGGUCUCCAUCACCUGCACAUCAACAAGACCAUCCACCGGGAUGUCAAAGGCAACAACAUCCUACUAACCACACAAGGAGGGGUGAAGCUGGUGGACUUUGGUGUUUCGGCCCAGUUGACGAACACUCGUCUCCGCAGGAACACCUCGGUGGGAACACCUUUCUGGAUGGCGCCGGAGGUUAUAGCGUGUGAGCAGCAGUUGGACUCCACGUAUGACGCUCGCUGUGACGUCUGGUCCCUGGGCAUUACUGCCAUAGAGCUGGGAGAUGGAGACCCUCCCUCUCCGACCUCCAUCCAAUGA